AUGGCAACCUUCCGUGCUCUUACUAUGAAGUACGUUUGGAGGACUGCAAGAAGACACAUUGACCGCGAGUAUUCAGUACUCACCAUGGCGCUCAGCGAGGUGGACAUACCGGAACCAUCGCAGUGGAACACCCACUUCGCCGCCGCAAGCAACUGUCUAGCUGACGGCAGUCCAACCAACGUGACCAUACAUUUGUACGGACCACUGAUAUCAGACGAAGACUGGAUCCGCGUCGACGAGUCUGAUUUCGCCCGACCAUUUGAUCCCACGCACCACUCCAAGGUAGUCAAGCCAGUAGUGGACAAUUGGAUCAAAGUCAUACGCGAAACCAAGAUCCAGCCUUCGCACUACAAAACCCAAUCUCAAGAAGACUCCCCCGAACAAUCUGAUAACACACUCAGAUUCACACUGGACGUAACUCAACCUCUGGACAUAGACAACUCCACCCGUCACCUCCUGCUACAGCACGAAGCACGAUCAACAGUGCGUAUCGCUGCACUUCUCAAUAAAAUCUUUCGGCCUGUCGGACGUCAAUUGGAAGUCUCAGUCAAGGGUGCGCGGUGCUGGUGCACUCUCAGGGAGAAGGAACGACAUGUCGUCAUGCCCAAAGGACUAAGCUACCCAGUCGAUCGAGCCUCGCACAUGCAGGAGCAAAUGGAGUACAUGAGGGCGAACUGA